CAGUUUUGUGAGGUUCAACGACGAGGUUGACCUUUUAUAACAAAUGGUCGACCUCUUUGGGAAGCGUGAAAAGUCGACCAAAAUACCUCAUAGGCCGACCAUUUUGCACUUAAUAGGUCGACCGCAUAAGUAUGAGGUCGAUCACGUGCACACCGUAUCCGUAUCGGAUAAGGAUUUCACCACCAGAAAGAGCUUUUGUGAAGAAGGUCCUUUGUGGUUGUUGAUGUACGUGUUGCAAGAGGUCGACCACGUCGAAGAAUACCAUUCGGCUGACCCUUAUCUCAAUCAGGUCGACCUCUGUUUGACAAUUGCUCAAAAUUGAAUUUAGGGCACAACACUCAGACUUCUGUACUUGCGAGGUAAGGAAGAUCAAACCCAUAGGUCAACCUAAUGUUUUUCAAGGUGGACCGUUUCUGUUUGUUUUGGUUGUUCAUCCUGAAUGUCGACUUUGGCUUUGUUUGUAAGACUAUGUUUUGCUUUAAAGGUCGGCCGGUCAAUCUGUCUGGUCAACCUAUUCGUUGUUCGUGGUAAUAUUACACUUGCUUUUGUUGUUAAAUUGGUAUUUUCCUGCUUGAUAGGUCGACCUAGAAAGAGCAAAGGUCGACCUAAAUGGUUCUGGUAGUGACAAAUUGUCUUUAAUGUCGACAACAUAAUAGGCCAGGUCGACCACGUCUCUGCUUUUGAUCAAUUGUACAAAAUUGAAGUUGAAUUAUUAUUUGUUUUUUUUAAUUGUUUAGACGAUGGCGCAUGAUGAGAGAUAACAACACGAUUUGGGUGAAAUCAUGAAAGUGUUGAAAGCGUGGUGUUUAUACCGAACAAAUUCGUAACAAGUUGAUGGAUGAUGAUGUGGUGUUUAUGUCGAAUGCUAGUGCAUGCCAAAAGGUUAGUCAAUGUCCCUAUCUCAUUAAGCUUCCAAAGUGCAUUUGUUUGUAUUCGCUUUUUAUAACAUAUAGUGAGUCAUUCGUUGCUAGAUAUUUAUGUCAGUUCUGGACGAUGAAGCACGUCAUUGAUUUUUGUAGCUCUUCAAUGUCCAGCAAAAAAUCACAUUUUUGCUUGAAAGUCUACCUUCAACUAGUGAGGCGAAUCGUAAGUGUAAAUCAAACCUCUACAAGAAAUUGGUAAGUGUUUCCUAUAAUUUUCUGACUACUAAGUGUCACGUAUUAUGCUAGAAGCAUAUAAUAUUUGUUAUUUGUGUGUAGUGUCCAAAUUGCAUGAUAUUUUCAAACUGGAGUGUAUGAGCAAUGUAGCAGUACCAUAUUUUCAAACGAAAAAGCAAAGAAAUGAAGUCAUUAAGUUACAAUGUUGCAUUAUUUAGACAUUACGUUGAAUUUAUAUUUGCAAGGUUGUUUCUUUUUGGAUAUUGAAUGUUUUUUGUUUAUUAGAUUUGUUAUACAAUUAUGGAUGUCAAGGAAUUUACGAUUUGAAUCGUCUACUACAAGAGGUCGACCAUAUAAUCAAAGAGGUCGACCUCGUAGGCAGAGCACAGGUCGACCUCGUAUGCUUACGGUCGACCUAUGAUACCUUUACUUAGCUCCUAAACAAUGUCGAAUAAGGAUUCAGUCCUGUC